AUGCCGCUCGACGCGUCCAGCACCUCGCCCCCAGCAGGCAGUUUGGCUUCUGAACCUGGGGCACUUGCUCCAGGCGCCGCUGCGAUCUCGGCAAACGGCCUGAAGCCAGAGGCCCCCACGUCGCUCCUCUCCGGCGGCCCAGCUUCCAGUUCAGCCGCGCCGGCCUCGCCUGCAACGCAGCACCUCCACGAGCUGAUUGCGCAUUACCUCCAGACACACUAUCCCGGCGCGCUCCCUGCGUUCCUGUAUGCGUCUGGCGCGCGCGCGCCAGACCCGGCCAACCCGCCGUCGCCCGACCUGCAGACGCUCGUCGAGGACGCGCGCGCCGCCGCCGCCGCGGCAGAGGUGCAGCGCCGGCUCGCGACCCUCGCGCUGGAGCAGGACGGCAAGGAGUCGCUCGAGGCCAUGGUCAAGCGCCUGAGCCCGCUUCCGGCCGACGAGAAGCUGCAUGCGGUGGUGCGCAGCGAGCAAGUCGCCGCGACCAACUUGCUGUCGGUGGCCGUGGGCGACGUCCCCACCCGCCGCUUCGACACCGCGACAGCGGCAUAUGUCGCUGAGCGCAGGCGCAGCGUGCUCGUCGCGAGUGCGGACAAGGUCGUGCGCGUCGUCGACUAUGAGACUGGCGAGGUCACCGCCCACGUUGAACCCCACAAGGCGCCGGCGCUCACCCUCGCCCUGCACCCUACGAACCCGCGCUACCUCGCCAGUGGCAGCAUGGACGGCACGACGGUGCUCACAGACCUUAUCACGGGCACGACGCUACAGACUCUGCCCGCGACCAAGUUUGUCGUCCGCGUGGCAUUCAGCUCCGACGGGCGGUGGCUCGCGGCCGCGAGCUACGACCACAGUAUCUCGCUGUACGAGGCUUCGGGCCUCGCGACAGCCGCACCCGCCGACGAAGAUGCCGACGAUUACAUCCCCCUGGACGACAGCGACGAUGCAGACCUCGCGAUGGACCCCGAGCUGCGGUACACGUUGCGGCACCGCGUGGCGACCGACGCCAACCCCGAGGCGAUGCUCUUCCACCCGGCGUCCUCGUGGCUCAUCUACACGGUGCGCGGCAGCUGCGAGAUGCACUACCUCGGCCUGCCGGCGCGCGAGGACGGGGACGGCGACGACUGGGGAUGGCCGACGCGCUCAAAGAGCUUCAACCCUAACCCGCUCGAUGCGCACGUGUCGUUUGCGGUCCUGGACAUGAGCCUGCACCCCUCUGGACGGAUGAUUGCGUGCAUCACGGGCGACCACGCCAGUUCCGGCGAGAGGGUGCUGCUGUACGGCGUGGAGCCGGACGAGACCGAACGCCUCGGCUGCCUGUGGACGCACACCGAGUCGGACGACUUUGUGCUCCCGCGCGUCCGCUGGCUGCCGGACGGCAAGGCCGUCGUCAUUGGCUCGCCGACUGGCGUCGUCUCGCUCAUCGCGCUCAACGGCGAGGUGCGCAGCAAGCUGCGGGUGCAUGCCGCCCAGCCCGGUGUGGCGGGAACCAGCGACGUGGUGAGGGACUUGCAGGUCGUGCGUCUCGGUGACGGCGGCGAUGAAGGAGACGAGUGGGAGGUGAUGGAUCCAGGUAUGGCUAGAGUCUAG